AAAAAAAACCACAGCUGAAUCAUCCAUUCUUUUGCUAUUUGUCUGCUUCGUUGAUUUCACAAUGAUUAACGUCAAAUAUAUACGUAUAAUCAUCGGAAUUAUUGGGAAUGUUCUGUCCACUUUGAUCUCCCUCUCACAUAUGCCAGAGUAUAUACAAAUAUACAAGAAGAAAUCAGUGGAGGGAGUUAAACCUGAUCGUCAUUUACUGAUGUUGAUUAAAUGUAGUUUGUGGGUUUUGUAUGGUCUCCCUGUUGUUCACAAGGACAGUAUUCUCGUCACCACUAGUAAUGGUGUCGGUUUCGUUAUCGAAGUUAUCUAUGUGGUUGUCUUUUGUAUCAGCUGUGACGACCAAUCACGUACGGAUGUCGUUUAUGUAAAACUUUAUUUAGAGUUUUGCUUUGUGGUAGUUUCCUAUGCGAAUACUAUUUGGGCAAUUGGAAGUUUAGUCGCCAAGCAUACACUCAUUGGUAUUGUUUGCAACCUUUUCAACAUUAGCAUCUAUGUUUCAUUUGCCAAGGAAAAGAUGGUGGAGACUAAAACCUUAAAGUCCAUGCCGUUUCGGUUGUCGUUACUUAGUUUCAUCAACGCUGGACUUUGGACGGCUUAUUCUUUGAUCUACAAAAUUGAUAUCUACGUCCUUAUAUGCAGUGGUCUUGAAACGUUGUUCUGUGCUUUUCAAUUAAUAGUCCAUGCUUGUUCUUACAAGCCACACCAAGUCGGCGUUAUUGGAUAAUACUUUGGAA